AUGGUGUUCUUCGAUGCCACUGUCCUACUGGCAUUCGUCAUUGUGAUACUGUGCAUCUGGGGAGCGUUCUGUUUCUGGGACAUCGGUGGGAAUCUCCCACCUGGGCCUCUUAGAGUGCCAGUUGUCGGGACGCAUUGGCUACUGACAUGGGCCAACCAGCCCUUUCGCAUGUUCAUGCAUCUGAGCGAGAAAUACGGCCAUAUUAUUUAUAUGCGUAUGGGGACUCAAAACACGGUAGUGCUAAACAGCUACGAAGCCAUCAAGGAGGCCUUUGUGACCAAGUCAGACAUCUUCAAUGACCGUCCUCGACAUCUCUCCAGCAUUAAGAAAACCAGCGGAGCGAAAGGUGUAAUUUGGCAAAAUGGUGAAACAUGGAAAGCUCUUCGACGGUUCACGCUGUCCACUUUGAGGGACUUCGGUGUGGGUAAAAACAUUCUCGAGGAGAGAAUCAUGGACGAAGUUGAAGAAGUCACCAAGAUUUUCCUGGCCUCUGAAGGACGUCCUGUGGCCCACCCUAAAGGACCCCUGUCGAAGGCCAUCGCCAAUAUCAUCUCGGCCCUUGUUUUCGGUAACAGAUUCGAGUAUGACGACCCUGAGCUUAUCGCCCUGUUGGACAUCAUUGAACAAGCCUUCGCCGCCGGGGCGGCCCAAUACCGCCCAGAGACUUUUCUCCCCUUCCUGAAGUACCUGCCAGGAAACAGUGAGAAAUGGAAGAAACUCCUAGCAGCUCGUGAUCACAACUACCGCUUCAUCAAAGGACAGAUCGAUAAUCAUCGUAAAACGUACGACAUGAACAACGUUCGGGAUUUCAUUGAUACUUACAUCGCUGUGACGAGUGGACAAAAAGAAGGCCAGAAGUUUGAAGAGGAUGAUAUGUUCCGCUUAAUCCUUGACUUAUACGUGGCUGGCUCCGAAACUACGGCUACAAAUCUGAACUGGUCUGUUCUCUACAUGAUCGCUUACCCAGAGAUUCAGAGGAAAUGCCAAGAAGAAAUUGAUAAGGUGAUUGGAAGCCGUCCGGUUAGCAUGAAAGAUCGCGGAUCACUUCCAUAUUUAGAAGCUACACUAAAAGAGAUAGAACGUUGCUCUUCUAUCGUUCCACAUCGUGCAAAUAGGGAAACCACACUUGGCGGUUACAAAAUCCCCAAAGACACCAUCGUGCUGUGUAAUCUAUAUGCGGCUUUGAGAGAUCCCAAAUGCUGGGACUUCCCCGACGAGUUUUUCCCAGAGAGGUUCUUGACAGCCGAUGGCAAGCUGGAUCGGAAGAAACAGGAAUACCUCAUUCCCUUCGGUGUCGGUCCCCGGGUUUGCCUGGGGAGUCUGGCCAGAAUCGAGUUGUUCCUCAUCUUCAGCAAUCUCAUACAGAGGUUUAAAUUCAGUAAAACGGCAGGAACUCAAGUCGUUGAUGUGAUAGAAGGUACCAAUACAACUACACGGAACCCCAAACCUUACCAAUUGAUCAUCAACAAGAGAUAG